CUUUUUAUCUUGAUGCUUCUUUGCCCACCUCCCCUGUUCCGUGGCUUUUUUUUUUCGCCCCUCCUCAAUUCGUGGCUCCCGCUUUCCCCUUUCUCCGCGCGAUGACUUCGCCCAAAGUCCUGGCCUUCCUGGCUGGGGUCUGUGGCGCCGGAGCCGGCGUAGUGCUGGCCCUCGCGGCGCGACUGUUCCCCGGUGACCCGGUGGCGGUGUUGAAGUCCGGCGGGAUGGCCGCCCUGCAGGAGGUCUUUCCCUCGCUGGCUUUGUAUGGCCUGCAUUUUGCCCUGAAUGCUGCCAUGUGGUGGUUCCACACGGCCUCCGUGGCAUCGGCACCGCGGGACCCCGCCAGCCGCGAGAAGUCUCCCGAGCCCUCGAGCUCCGCCGCGGCUGUGGUCACGCUGGUUGCCAAUACCGUUUUCUCGGCUCUCCUGUCGCGCCUGCUCCUCGGUGAGCGGCUGGGACACCCAUGGCGCUGGGCGAUCGGGGCGGCAGUCGCCGGGCUUGGGGCAACCUUGGUCACCCGGGGAACUGGCGCGGCCGAGGCAGCAGCACCCCCCGCGCCCGACGGAUCCCACAUCGCCCGCACCAAGGCCGAUUAGCUUGCUCCAAUCCCUGCUGUAUGUGCCCGCCCCCCCCCCACCUCUUUUAAUGUCCUUUCCCUGUCCUCUCUCGAUCAACCGACAGUGGGCAGCUUUCCGAAUGUCAACUCCCACCGCAACAUGAUCACACUUCCAAC